AUGCUACAAGCUGUUCUUACGGUAGCAGUUAUUUUUACUGAUAUUGUCUGCGGAGGAAGGCUUGGCGGAGGAGGAUUCGGAGGAUUUGGGUCGUCUGGAGGUUUCGGGGGAGGAUACAGUGGUGCACCAUCAACCUCAUAUGGCUCUCCAGGUUCCAGUGGCGGUUACAGCGGCGGAUACGAUGGAGGACAGCCCACACCGUACAACUUUCAAUAUGCGGUGAGAGAUGCUGCCAGCGGUAACGACUACAAGCAACAGGAGAGCAGUGACGGACGCUCUGUGCAGGGUGAAUAUCGCGUACUGCUACCCGACGGCCGCAACCAGAUCGUCAGAUACAGAGCUGAUGAUGCUACCGGCUUCAAUGCAGAUGUUCAGUAUGAAGGAGAACCGCGUUAUCCAUCAGGAGGCGGCAGCGGCGGUUACGGUGGCUUUGGAGGACAUGGAGGUGGCUCCAGUUCAUAUCUUCCACCCCGGUACAAGAAAUAG